GGUGGCAGGCGUAGCGAGGCUAGCCCCGACGCCGAGCGGCACACCAACACACUCGCACUCUCAGCUACAUCAACACGCACGUCGUUCAUUUAGGUGCCCCACGUGAAUCUUUGAACACAGGUCUUGUAACUCGAAUAUUGGAUCUACUCACGGGCCAUAACCUAAGUGUCGUCUCCAAAAUGGCAGUCCGAGUGCAGUUUGAAAAUAACAACGAAGUCGGAGUCUUCUCUAAGUUGACAAACACAUAUUGUCUGGUUGCUAUUGGUGGCUCAGAGAAUUUCUACAGUGUUUUUGAAGCUGAGCUGGCAGAGACUAUUCCAGUGAUUCACGCUUCUUUGGCGGGCUGUCGUAUUAUUGGUCGCAUGUGUGUAGGUAACAAAAAUGGUCUUCUUGUGCCAAGUACCACAACAGAUGAUGAACUGCAACACUUGCGCAACUCACUCCCAGACAAAGUUAAAGUUCAGAGAGUCGAGGAACGGUUGUCUGCCCUGGGUAAUGUAAUUGCCUGUAACGAUUAUGUGGCACUCGUGCACCCAGAUCUUGAUAAGGAAACUGAAGAAAUAUUGUCUGAUGUUCUUGAAGUGGAAGUCUUCAGGCAAACAGUUGCAGCAAAUACACUAGUUGGUUCAUACUGUUCUCUCUCCAAUCGUGGUGGCUUGGUUCACCCGCGGACAUCCAUCCAAGAUCAAGAUGAACUGUCGUCUUUACUACAAGUUCCACUAGUGGCUGGCACAGUAAACAGAGGAUCUGAAGUGAUUGGGGGUGGUAUGGUAGUCAAUGAUUGGAGUGCUUUCUGUGGUCUUGACACAACUUCAACAGAGAUUUCAGUUAUUGAAAGUGUAUUUAAACUCAAUGAAGGAACCCCUGCCACUAUCACCACUGAAAUGAGGUCGUCUUUGAUUGAGAGCAUGUCAUAAUUCCACAUGGGACUUCUUUCUUCAUUAUAAAUAAUUACUAAACUGGAAAUUUUUUUUUGAAUAAAUUUAUAUGACAACUCUCAAAAGCUCUA